GUAUAUUUGGUACCCGGAGGAAGUAAUACAUGCGGCAAAAUGGCUGCUAAGUGAAUAAGGAAAAGAACAUCCACCAAAAUUAAUGCUUGAAAAGAUUUUCUAUUAUUCAGUAUCGUUCUGAUCCACAUAUCUGUACUUAUGGCAAACACGCUGGAUUUCAGGACCCAUGCCGACCAGUCAUGCAGAUAUUCAGAAGAAUUUGUCAACAUUUAUUAUGACUGCAUGGAUAAGAAAAGGAGGAACUUGACCCGGCUCUACCUGGACAAGGCGACCUUGGUGUGGAAUGGGAAUGCAGUGUCAGGACAGGAUGCCCUGGGCGAGUUUUUUGAGUCGCUGCCUUCCAGCGAGUUCCAAGUUCACACGCUGGAUUGUCAGCCAGUUCACGAACAAGCAACCCAAGGGCAGACUACACUGCUCGUGGUGACUGGUGGGACAGUUAAGUUUGAAGGGAACAAACAGCGUUUCUUCAACCAGAACUUUCUUUUAACAGCUCAGGCUUCACCCAACAAUGACCAGCCUGUUUGGAAGAUUGCUAGUGACUGUUUCCGAUUCCAAGACUGGAAUAGCUGAGGCUUACGCCAUCCCUGCUUUCCCCUCUAAAAAUGUAUGGACACAUGUAUGAAAAUCAAGCUGCCGUUUGUUUAUUUCUGUUUUUGUAAUAAAAAUCAAAAUGUCAUGCAA